AUGCAGUCCCAGCAGGACCUGUCGGUGCCCUGGCUGAGGAGGGUGGUGAAGGAGGAGAUCUCUGCUGAUAACGCCAGGCUGCCCUGCUUCAAUGGCCGCGUGGUCUCCUGGCUGGUCCUGGCGGAGGGUGCUCACUCGGAUGCAGGCUCUCAGGCCACCGACGGCCAUACUGACCUGCCCCCACCUCUUGAGCGGAUGGGCGGCAUCGGGGACUCCCGGCCCCCAUCUUUCCACCCGAAUGUGGCCAGCAGCCGUGAUGGGAUGGACAACGAGACUGGCACCGAAUCCAUGGUCAGCCACCGGCGCGAGCGAGCCCGACGCCGGAACCGGGAGGAAGCCACUCGGGCCAACGGACAUCCAAGGGGGGACCGGCGGCGGGACCUGGGCUUGCCCCCUGACAGUGCCUCCACCGUGCUGAGCAGCGAACUCGAGUCCAGCAGCUUCAUUGACUCUGAGGAGGAUGACAACACGAGCCGGCUGAGCAGCUCUACGGAGCAGAGCACCUCGUCCCGGCUUAUCCGGAAGCACAAGCGGCGGCGGCGGAAGCAGCGCCUUCGGCAGGCAGACCGCGCCUCUUCCUUCAGCAGCAUCACAGACUCCACCAUGUCCCUGAAUAUCAUCACGGUCACGCUCAACAUGGAGAGGCACCACUUCCUAGGCAUCAGCAUCGUGGGUCAGAGCAACGACCGGGGCGAUGGUGGCAUCUACAUCGGCUCCAUCAUGAAGGGCGGGGCUGUGGCUGCGGACGGCCGCAUCGAGCCCGGAGACAUGCUGCUGCAGGUGAACGAUGUCAACUUUGAGAACAUGAGCAAUGACGACGCUGUGCGGGUGCUGCGGGAGAUUGUGUCCCAGACAGGGCCCAUCAGCCUCACGGUGGCCAAGUGCUGGGACCCAACCCCCCGGAGCUACUUCACGGUCCCGAGGGCUGACCCCGUCCGGCCCAUCGACCCAGCCGCUUGGCUGUCGCACACGGCGGCGCUGACCGGAGCCCUGCCCCGCUACGAGCUGGAGGAGGCGCCUCUGACGGUAAAAAGUGACAUGGGAGCCGUGGUCCGGGUCAUGCAGCUGCCGGACUCUGGCCUGGAGAUCCGCGACCGCAUGUGGCUCAAGAUCACCAUUGCCAACGCCGUCAUCGGUGCUGACGUGGUGGACUGGCUGUAUACGCACGUGGAGGGCUUCAAGGAGCGGCGGGAGGCCCGCAAAUACGCCAGCAGCAUGCUGAAGCGCGGCUUCCUGCGGCACACCGUGAACAAGGUCACCUUCUCCGAGCAGUGCUACUACGUCUUUGGGGACCUGUGCAGCAAUCUUGAAGCCCUGAAUCUCAACAGCGGCUCCAGCGGGGCCUCGGAUCAGGACACGCUGGCCCCGCUGCCCCACCCGGCUCCCUGGCCCCUGGGUCAGGGAUACCCCUACCAGUACCCAGGGCCCCCGCCCUGCUUCCCGCCCGCAUACCAGGACCCUGGCUUCAGCUACGGCAGUGGCAGUGCUGGGAGUCAGCAGAGUGAAGGAAGCAAAAGCAGCGGGUCUACCCGGAGCGCGGGCGGGAGCAGCCGGCGGGCCCUGGGCCGAGAGCAGGAGCGCCGGGGGCCUGGAGCUGGGGGCAGUGGCAGCGAGUCAGACCACACGGCCCCAAGCAGAGCAGGUGGCAGCACUUGGAGGGAGCGUCCCGCCAGCCAGCUCAGUCGUGGCAGCAGCCCACACAGCCAGGCCUCGGCCACUGCUCCGGGGCUCCCCCCACUGCACCCCCUGACGAAGGCGUACUCAGUGGUGGGUGGGCCGCCUGGGGGGCCCCCUGUCCGGGAGCUGGCCGCUGUCCCCCCAGAGCUGACAGGCAGUCGCCAGUCCUUCCAGAAGGCCAUGGGAAACCCCUGUGAGUUCUUUGUCGACAUCAUGUGACCGAGGACAGCAUGCCUUCUGCCCGCCUUGCUGUGGGGGCCCCGGGGAUCCUGUUGCUCCCGCAGGAGGGCGCUACAUCUGGAGUUUGUGUGGCCUUGCCUUAGCAGUGGCCGUCAUGGGUCAGCUUUCCAUGUGCACAAGGGGCCAUGCUGUGGGGUCCGGAGCAGACGGAGUGGGAGCAAGCUGGAGGGCAGCCUGAGCUCCCUGAUUUGGACUCAGCACUGCGUCCAUUCCUGGUGAGAGCAGCUGUGUCCAUGGGGAUCUGGGUGGGGGCAUCUCUAUACUCAGCAGUCUGACCUGCCUCCCUGGUGUGUGCCUCAGGGACCCCCAGUUGCCCACAGCGCUGUAUACAGGGCUCCAGGCCAAGCUGAGAGGUGGCUGCUGGGCCUGGGCCCCACUGGUCACUCAGUUUGCAGGCCCCACCCAUCUUGCCUAGGCUGGGGAACCAUGUUGGGGGUGGAAUCAGAGCCUCCAGACCUCUCUGGCUGCCCAGGGUAGGGGUAUAAUUUAUUUAUUUAUUUCUUGUCCUGUGUCCUCUGGGAAGGGUGGUGGCCAAGCCAGCCCCCAUGCCCAGCUGGAGCAGAGUUUGCAUGUCCCCCCACUGCCGGGUCUCGGAGCUAAUGCAGGGACACAGGUUGUGUCUGAAAGUGUGUGUGGGGGGUGGUGAGGGGGAGACGGGAGAGGGGCACAUCUCGGCGGUGGUAGGAGUGGGACUUGACCCACAGGCGCUGAGCUGCUGCAGGGACAGGUCUGGGGGAGAGGGGCGGCCAGCCCGCCCUUCCCUGCUGCCCUCAGGUGACCACCCACCAGCACACAUGGCUUCCUUCCCAGCGACUCUGGCCUGCACACGGCUGCGCUGUAGAUACUGUAUCACGUCAGAGCGUCGUCUGGAUAGUUACUAGAGCUGCUUCUGUGUAAAUGCUAUUUUAAACACUAAAAAGCGUUUUAAUUUUAUGG